AUGAAAACAGGUGUACUUGAAACGCAAGAGGGAUCAUCUUUCGUUGAACUCGGUACAACUAGGGUUACAGCUAUCGUAGAUGGACCGAAACAAGCGAUCAAGAAUGUUGAUGUUCAUUCUCUCGAGGGAACCGUUCGUGUUAUAGUCAAUAAUGGUUCAGGAAUCGAUCAUUUAUUGCAAUCAGCUAUGCGUUCAUUAAUAUGUUUAAAUCAAUUUCCAAAGGCACAAAUAGAUAUAGAAAUAACUGUGCUAGAAGAUGAUGGCGGCGUUCUCGCAGCUUCCUUAAUGGCAGCUUCGCUUGCUCUUUGUCAUUCUGGUAUUCCAACAUUGGAUAUUUGCCUUGCAGCGCAUGUUGCUAUAACCACUGAUGAUUAUAUCAUUGUGGAUCCAUUUAAAAAAGAUAUGACUUCCAAUGAUUGUUUAUCGGUGACGGUUGGAAUUAUGCCUUCGUUAAACCAGGUAAUCUGCUAUCAGCAAUCAGGCAUUUCAUCUCGUGAACAGCUUUCAAAAGCUUUUUCUACUGCUUUAACUGCAGCCUUUCAUUUAUACAAAAUAUUUUGUGAUGCACUUAGAGUUUCCCAACAAACUUAA